AUGGUCGUCUACCGGGCUAGCACGACGGCUCCCGUCAACAUCGCGGUCGUUAAGUACUGGGGGAAGCGCGACCCCAAGCUCAACCUCCCGACGAACUCGUCUCUGUCCGUGACCCUCUCCCAGGAUGACCUGCGCACCUUGACCACCGCCUCCUGCUCCGAGACCUACACCGAGGACGUCCUCCUGCUGAACGGCUCGCCCUCCGACCUGACCGGCGCCCGCACCCAGGCCUGUCUGCGCGAGCUGCGCGCCCUCCGCGCCGCCGUCGAGGCCAGGGACGCGUCGCUGCCCAAGCUCGCCCAGCUGAAGCUCCUCCUCGUCUCCGAGAACAACUUCCCCACCGCCGCCGGUCUCGCCUCCUCGGCUGCCGGCUUCGCCGCCUUCGUCCGCGCCAUCGCCGACCUGUACGAGCUGCCUGCCUCGCCCACCGAGCUCUCCCUCAUUGCCAGGCAGGGAAGCGGCUCUGCCUGCCGCAGUCUGUUCGGCGGAUACGUGGCGUGGCGCGCAGGUGCCCAUGUCGAUGGCCUGGACUCGAAGGCGGUGGAGGUCGCCCCCGCCGCGCACUGGCCGAACAUGCGGGCUCUGAUCCUGGUCGCGAGCGCAGCGAAGAAGGGCGUGAGCUCGACCAGCGGUAUGCAGCAGACCGUGGCGACCUCGGGCCUUUUCCAGCAGAGAAUCGCCGAGGUUGUGCCCGCCAACAUGGAGACCAUGGAGGCCGCCAUUGCCGCCAGGGACUUCCCCAAGUUCGCCGAGGUCACCAUGAGGGACUCCAACUCCUUUCACGCCACCUGCGCCGACACGUACCCGCCCAUCUUCUACAUGAACGACGUGUCGAGGGCGGCCGUGCGCGCUGUUGAGGCCAUCAACGCCGCCGCGGGCAAGACGAUUGCCGCUUACACCUUCGAUGCUGGCCCGAACGCUGUGAUUUACUACCUCGAGGAGGACAGCGAGACGGUUCUCGGCACCUUCUACGCGCUGCUGGAGAGUACCGAGGGCUGGAAGAAGGGCACAAACCCCAAGUCCAGCGUGCAGCUCGACGAGGCAGUGAGCGACUCGCUCAAGACUGGCGUCAGCCGGGUAAUCAUGACCGGCGUCGGCGAGGGCCCCCAGAAGACUGACGUCUUCUUGGUGUCCGAGGAUGGCAAGCCUCUUUCUACGAGUGCGUAA